AACAAAGAUGGCGAAGGUGAGAGAAAUGGUGCAGCCGAGACUGAACGAACAAGAAUCUGAUGCUAUCUCACGACUCAACACUGUUCCUUCCCUGAGACCGGGCGACGACUCCACCUUCUAUGAACAUUUCAUCCUCACCGGCAUCCGAGUUGACCAAGUCAAACCCGGUUCCAUCACCUGUUCUUUCAAAGUUCCCUCUCGCCUCGCUGAUAAGAGUGGGAAAUUGGCGACAGGAGCAAUAGCGAAUCUGGUGGAUGAGGUUGGAGGUGCUGUAAUUCACGAAGAGGGUCUUCCCUUUAAUGUUUCCGUUGAUAUGUCUAUUUCUUUUCUUUCAACUGCUCGUGUUGGCGAUGAACUAGAAAUUACAUCUAGGCUGUUAGGAAGGAAAGGAGGUUAUUCUGGGACGAUUGUUCUCCUUAAAAAUAAAGCAACUGGAGAAUUGAUAGCUGAAGGUCGUCAUUCACUAUUUGGGAGACACAACAGCAAGAUGUAAUUCAAUAUGGUAAAUGUGUAUAAUUUAUGCAUAUAUGUGAAGUAAGUCUUUAGGAAAAAAUUGACUUGGGUUUGUGUCAUUACUCGUUAAUUAGAUAAAGUUGAGUGAGAGCAUAAUUCGAAGAUAUGUACAUUGAAAAGUGAAAGUAACAUAUUUUUGGAGUUCUUUUUUUAUUUAAAAAAGUUUUAUUUCAGUAAUUUCCGACAAUAUUACCUUUAAUCAAUGUAAAAUUUUAAGUUCAAUUAAAAGAUAAGAUAAAAAAACAUUUAAAG